AUGGGAUCAAAAAAUGGUAAGUAUAAUGUUGAAAACGGAACAUCAUUACGAAAUGGUAAAGAAACUGUACCAACAUAUAUAUCGGAAUCAAAUGAACAGAAACUAAAUAAAAAAUCGAAACGAAAUACAACAAUUAUACCAAAAUGUAUUAAUCGUGAUAUAUUACCUGAUUCAUUAUCAACAAAAACCGAUACUAUAUCACUUGUUUGGCUUGAUACAGAUGUUUAUCGUCGAGCAUCGAAUAUCGAUACAGAAAUAAAAUUAAAAAAUCUUAAUAGUUAUAUUCGAUUGUUUGAUCGAGUUGACUCAUGCGAAAGAUAUAUUAAACAAAUAGGUAAACUAAAUAAUAAUGCUAAUAUAAAAAAAGAAAAAUUACUUAUUAUUAUUUCAACAACACUUGCUCCAACACUUAUUCCACAUUUACAUGAUCUGACGCAAGUUAAAUAUAUUUAUAUAUAUGGAAAAUCAAAAACUUUAUCAAAAGCACAUCAAGAAUGGUUAAGAAAAUAUAAUAAGGUAAAAGGUGUAUAUAGCUCAUCACGACCUCUCAUAGCUCAAAUAUCUCAAGAUCAAAAUUAA